AUGUCAGCCACGGCUCCUCCAGAUUCUUCCGAUGUUACUUCUCCAGCAAAAAAGAAGAAUAACAAGAAGAAGAAGCAUGCUAAAUCGAAAUCCAACGGAGAAAUUCCUCAGGUUCAAGAGCAUGGACAGGACCCUACAGCAAACGUGUCAGAAGAGGGGAAUGCAGAGGAAUCUGGACAGUCAACUGUGAAUACUCCAAAAGAUUCUCAUUUUCCAGAAAGCACAGAUUCGCAGACGAAUGGCCUCAAAAAUGACUUUGCAAGUAAUGGCCAUGCGGUUGCGCAAACACAAUCUAGCACCAAGGAUGCAGAAGGGUCCUCGGAAAAGAAUGGUUCAGAUGCAUUAGAUGCAAGCAUUCGACUGGAAGCAAUGACGGCAGAGCGUCAGGCAUUGCGCGCUGAAGUUGAACAAUUGCGAAAAUCUUUGGAGGACAUCCAGGGCAAGCAUUCGGAAGAAGAUUCAAUAGCUAAAGGUCAAUACUCCGAGAAUCUAUCGUCUGUCGAAGAAAAGUACAAAGAGGAGAUUGCCACAUUAAAGAGUCAACAUGCAGAGGAAAUUUCUACAGUCCGAGCGGAAUUGGAGGAGACUGAAUCUUCGAGAGAAAAUUGGGAAUCUCAAUAUCACACAUUACUUACACGCGUCAAUACGAUCAAAACUACCUUGGGGGAACGAUUAAAAGCGGAUAAAGAAGAAUUGGCGGAAGCUAACGAGAAGAUCGAAGAUUUGGAAUCACAAGUGGAAUCAUAUCAAAGCACUAUCCAAGGAUUGGAGGACGAGGUAUCUAAACUACGGAAUGGAAUUAAUGAAUCUUCCAAGGAAAUUUCGAGCAUGCGAAACCGCAAUAAUUUAUCACAACAGAAUUGGGUCCAUGAAAGGGAGGAUUUGAUUCAACAGGCUAAACAUCUUAAAGAGGAAGCCGAUGCCGCAAAGGAAGCCAUGGGGGAUUGGGAGGUUUUGGCUAUGGAAGAGAGAUCUAUAAGGGAGAAUCUAGAAAGUAGAGUUUCUGAUAUGGAGGAACAAUUUUCUACUCAAAAAGAAGCAUAUGAAACCGCAGUCGCCGAACGAGAUAGUCAAUCUCAGACAGUUGAUGGUUUACAACGAGCUCUACAAGAAAUCCAAGAGACUCGGAGACGAGAACUUCGAGAGAUGGUCGAAAGUUGCGAUGAGCAAAUUCAAGCCCUUAAGAAAGUCGUUCAGGAUUCAGAUUCUAGAUGUGUUGAGGCUGAAACUUCGAAAGAAGCUCUUAAAACAGAAUUGGAUCGACUCCUACCUUUUGAAAAGGAAGUGAAGGAAAAGAACUUACUGAUUGGUAAACUUCGUCAUGAAGCUAUUGUGAUUAAUGAUCACCUCACAAAAGCCUUGAGAUUUAUUAAGAAAUCAAAAGUCGAGGAUAAUGUUGAUAGACAAGUCGUCACAAAUCACUUCUUACAUUUCCUCUCCUUGGAUCGUUCAGAUCCAAAGAAAUUUCAAGUCCUUCAAGUCAUUGCUUCACUAUUGAACUGGACAGAUGAGCAAAAGGAGCAAGCAGGUCUAGCCAGACCAGGUGCUUCAAGUAAUAGUUUACGUCUACCAAUGUCACCAUUUCAUCGAACACCAAGCACGCCAUCUUUAUCUACAGAGUUUUUCACCGAACCUUCGAGCGCCCAGAAAGAGUCUCUUUCAGAACUCUGGACAGGAUUCUUAGAAAGAAGUGCGGAAGAGGGGAGUGUUAAAGAUAAGGAUAGUAGAAGUGGAAGUGUUAGUAGUUCAACGACUCUAGCAACAAAAUAG